AUGACACACCUGUGGCACAUCAUGAUUACCCGCAAGCCCCCCAGAAUCAGAAGCAGCGAGAAAUGCUGGACGGACUGGUUUGAUAGAGAUGACCCCAAUGGCAACGGAGACCAUGAAACCCUUAAAAAGCUUCGCAAAGAGAACCGGGGCCGGAUCUGCAAAAGACCAAUAAACAUUGAGGCGACAACUCUGUCUGGACUCAGCCCGGCUGAAGCAGGGGAUGUGAUUUCUGUAUGCGACACAAAUACAGGAUUCAUCUGCAAAAAUCAUGACCAACCUAAAAAGAAGUGUCAAGACUAUCGUGUCCGUUUCAGCUGCCAUCCCCCUUUCUGUGGAAUAGGAGCGUGUUGGACCAAGUGGUAUGACCGGGACGAUCCCAGUGGGAAAGCGGACUGGGAGGCUCUGAAACACCUGAGAAAGGAGAACCCAGGAGAAAUUUGUGAUGACCCACUGUACAUCGAGGCUGUUACUGUCGAUACAAACACCCCAGCCCUCAAUACUGGGGAUAACCUCUAUUUGUAA